UUCCUAGCAACCAGGAGAGUGCAGGAGCUGAGGCGUGAACACCGGUUACCAGUGGUUACCAAACUCCAUCAUAGUUCUAGACACAGCUUAAUCUAAUUGUCCUACUCUCUCUGCCUGUCGUUCCCCUCUCGAUUCACUGCGAUACCGGCUUCGGCCUCGUAAUUCAUGAGAAUUUCAACACUUCUUUCAACUUGCACGUAAUAGUUGGUUUGUUGCGCUUGGAGAGUUGAAUCUAGUCGACCGGCACUCAUUUACUAAUUGCUAUACAAUAUCAAGUGUUCUAAUUAAAUACACUGCACCUAAAAUUGUUUCAUUUGUGAAUAUCUGUUCUUAAAACGCAAUAAAAAUGUCUCACGCCGGUCGAGUUGUUAUCUAUGGUGGUAGAGGAGCUCUGGGAUCAAAAUGUGUCGCACAUUUCAAGGCGCAAAACUUUUGGGUAGGAUCUAUUGAUCUACAUGAAAAUACCGAAGCGGAUCUUAACAUCCUCGUCGAGAAGGACGCUGAAGUGGAAAAUCAAGAGUCUGCCAUCCUAGGUUCAGUUUCCAAGGCCCUUAAUGGUUCUAAAUUGGAUGCUAUCAUUUGUGUUGCUGGUGGUUGGGCUGGUGGAAAUGCGUCCAAGGAUUUAAUCAAAAACUCCGACCUCAUGUGGAAGCAGAGCGUCUGGAGCAGUUUGAUUUCCAGCGCAAUGGCGGCUGGUCAUUUGAAAGAUGGCGGAUUAUUGGCUUUGACUGGUGCUAAAGCUGCGCUGGAUCCAACACCGGGUAUGAUGGGCUAUGGCAUGGCCAAGGCUGCCGUUCAUCAUUUAGUAAAAAGUCUGGCUGGUGAUAAGAGUGGUAUGCCACCUCAAAGUACAGUUGUUGCUAUACUUCCGGUGACUUUGGACACGCCAAUGAACAGGAAAUGGAUGGCCUCUGCUGAUUUUACAGCUUGGACUCCUUUGGAGUUUGUUGCUCAGACUUUCUUGGAGUGGACAAAGAAUGAAAACAGGCCAGAGAAUGGUAGUUUGUGCCAACUUUUGACUGAAAAGUCAGUGACAAAAAUCGUCACUUCUUAGAAAUGAUUAAAUGAUAAGAGACACAUAUGCUAUGAACAAUGGACCAAAUAAUAUCAAAACGAGGACAAUGAAUCUUCUCUCCAUUUUUGUUACUACAAUUUGUUACUUGAUUCAACUGUUUGUUAGUUGUUUGCGUUUUUCUAUUUUUGUAUUGUGUAAAAUUUCACUUUCAACAUUCAAACGUGUUGAUGCAUGUUCAUGUAGUCAUUAAUCAUUAUAAAUAAAAUUAUAUGAGCAGAAA